GACGGAGAAAAUAAUUUUAAAAUAUAUUAUUAUUAUAUAAAAUAAAAUGCUGUGGGGCUGAACCGGAGCUACCGGUAAUCAGAUUUCUGAUGGGUCCCACGACCUGGUACAACACUUCUUGGUCAAUAUUGUGGUACUUUGUCAGCGGAGUAAUUUUGUGGUCGACUGCCCCCACAUACAGUACUUGCGUUUUGUUUAUUAUUUUGGUCGUAGUCUGGAGUGGUUUUGAAUCAUCUUUGCAAACCUGGAUUGAAUGUUUACUUAUCUGGCUUUCGUUUUAAUCAUGAUUUGCACUCCAGUCAAUUGUUAUGCCUGUGAUGAAAUGUAUGAGAGUUGUGCCGUGGUGACCUACAUUUGUAUGGCCGAGUCGGUCGCUCGAUGUUUUCAGAAUCGGUAUUCAAUUCAUCAGGUCUGGCUCGCCGUGACAAACCUAAUGGAAGCUUUUCAACCUACGUCCCAUCGAAGCCAAGUGUUUUGACCAAAAAGACGCUUUAUUCCUUUAAAAUGUACAACUUGUUGGUGCCACGUAGUUUAUGUGUCAAUUCAAUACUUUUGCCCACACGUGUGUCCGCUCUGCCGAUCGCACAAGCCGCUACGCGAGCUAGGCCGCGCAGCCUGCCAAAUGUUUUUAACCAAAGACGAUGCUAUGUGAGCGGCGCCACCCCAACCUUGUCACAAAACUUUACAAGGUCUUCCUUGGUGUGGGUCAGCGGGAUCGGUGUGGGUCUUGCCGUGGUCUUUGGACUGAAAUAUCACGCGAGGGAAAACAAUGGUUUGUGUGAUAAUACAGCGACGGAAUCACCGAAUCGUCGAUACGAGGCUGCAAUCAAAUCGAGCCGAAUCUUGGUGGAGCGGAUCCAGGUAGGCGCCCAGACUGAGUUCGGAGCUCCCGGCGUGGUGGUGGGGGUGUCGGUAGAUGGAGUUACUGUCUGGUGUGAAGGGAUCGGUUAUGCCGAUUUGGAGAAUCGUGUUCCGUGUGGCCCGGAAACUGUGAUGAGAAUUGCCAGCAUCAGUAAGUCUUUAACGUCUGCAGUUUCUGCGCGCCUCCGUGAGCAAGGGAAACUUGAUCUCGAUGCGCCCGUCCAGAAAUAUGUACCAGAGUUUCCACAAAAACAGUUUGAUGGUCAGAAUGUCACGAUAACACCUCGCAUGAUUCUCUCACACCUCAGUGGUAUACGGCAUUACGAGAAGGAUGGUAAUAAAGUGAGGGAGGACAUGGAGAAAGCUAAGCGACGUUUGAAGUCAACGACGGAGAAAAUGGAGGAUAAGAGCUUGUGUGAAAAUAAAAGUGAGGCCACUAAAGAGCAGAGCGCCCAAUCCAAAGAGGCUUCGUGGGCAAAGCAGAAAAAAGAUCUUGACCACGAAGAAUACUAUUUGACGGAGAAUUUUGAAAGUGUCACUCAGGCGUUGGACCUCUUUAAGGAUGACCCGCUCAUUUUUAAACCAGGCACAACAUUCUUGUACUCCACCCACGCCUACACUCUCCUCAGUGCUAUCAUCGAGCAGGCUGCUGGCCAGCGCUUCCUGGACGUCAUGGCCAACCUCUUCCGCGAACUUGGAAUGUUCAGUACUGUGCCAGAUAAAAACGAACCCGUCAUUUACCAUCGCUCUAGAUAUUACCGUCUGAACAAGCGAGGUCAGGUGAUCAACUGCCCGUACGUGGACAACUCGUACAAGUGGGCAGGCGGCGGCUUCCUUUCCACGGUGGGGGACCUGCUGCUGUUCGGUAAUGUUUUGCUCUACAGCUACCAGAUGGCCCACGUUAAGGACACGGAAGGGUUGCUGCCCGGCUUCCUCAAACCCCAAACCGCUGUGGAACUCUGGACGCCGAUGGACAAAACGGAGGUCAACUGGGUCAAAGACGUAUGGUACGGCCAAGGCUGGCAGGUGGUGGAGAAAGAGCAGAAAUGUGGGCAGUGCAGGAAGCGCAGGCAUUACGUGUCGCACACAGGGAGCGCUGUGGGGGCCAGCAGUGUCCUGUUGGUGUUGCCCAGUGAGGAGAUCGGCCACAAGACCCUCCCGCAGGGAGUGGUGGUCAGCAUUCUCACCAACAUGCAUUCUGUGAGACUCAACAGCACAGCCCUGAAAAUUGCACACGAGUUUGACGAAGCCAAAAGCGCGUAAAAUGUUGCCAGAAAAUGUGACUGCUUUAAAUUUUUAUAUAGCUCUAAGAGUUGGCUGUUGUUUACCAAUGUAUUUUUGUAUGAAAUUUUCAAAAAAAAAUUCCUUGCACUAGACUGUGAUACCCCGCAGUUUUGAAUACGAGGAUGUGACAAGCAGAAGUCAAAGUAAUCAUGAUUUCAGGCCUCAUAGAACAAAUAUUUCAGAUUCGUUCCUGAAUUGUUUUUAAUGAACUUGUUUUGGCCAGAGACAUUUGAUGAACUUUUAUUAUUCCAACUCAUGAUCAAAGAGCUCAUAGACACACCACCAAUAAUGCAGUCCAACCACAAAAAUGGAGCCCAACCGGUUUUUCAAUGCUCUUUGGAAAGUGAUUGAAAUGAACCACUCGUUGCCUUCUUCUAUUUCAGCAUAUAAUUAUGCGUGUUUAGGUCGUCUUUUUUGUAUUAUGUGGGUUGGACCAAUGGACAGUGUUUUCUAAUAUUGUUUCAAGUGUAAAGUUUUGAGGAAACAUGAAAAAUGUUUCGAAUUCUCUCCACUAGAUGGUGAUCACCUCUAAAAAUGGCAGCAUCGAUGUAUUCCGUUAAUACCACAAAAAAGUGUUAUGUAGAAGGGAAACCGUUAGUUGUGUUUUGCUUUGCCGAUUUUCAGCGUGUAUUUAAAUGCCGUUUUGACAUUUUUAUUGUAUCAAUUAACCUGUCACAGUGGUGCAACUUUGAGUGUCACAAAUGGAAUUUGAAAGGUGUGCUUUGGUUUGGCUCACCCCCCCCC